UCAUUCAGUACUAAUUUUGAUACACUAAUCGACACAACAAUGACAAUCACAACAGCCACCAAAUAUUAUACUUUGAAAGAAGUCCGUGAGCAAGGAAAUGGCAAAAACGGAAAUCCUGUUUGGAUUAUCUACAAAUAUGCAGUUUAUGACUGUACAAAUUAUAUUGAUAAGCACCCUGGAGAUCCUAGCCUUAUUCUAGAUUUUGCUGGUCGUGAUUGUACGAGGGAUUUUGAUGAUGCUUGUCAUUCGCGUGAUGCUAUGAAGGAAUUAAAGACCUUGAAAAUUGGAGAAAUUGUUGAGGAGGAUCGCAAACCUGAACACAAAAAAGUUACCUCAACUCAGUCAAUCACCUCAAUGGUGUCCACAGAAAGCGAAAAGAAACGCAAACGACGAUUUUUGCUAUGCCGAUAAGAUGUCUGAAGCCCUCAAAAACGUAUCUGCGUCAUUAUGUGUCAAAUUAGCUCUCGUAUUACUGAUAAUCGCAUUACUUAAUUUGAUGAAAUUCAAAAAAAUUUAUAUUUGGGGACGUGCGGCUUGUUAAAGUAUCAAUGAUGAUACGUGUUAAGUGGAAUUUAGAUUUAAGAUAAGUUAAACGUGAUUUUUACACAUUUUUUUCUUUUGUUUAAUUGAUAAGUUUGUUUAAGAGAUAUGGCCAUAAUAUUUCCUAG